AUGUCAAUUUACAAGGCGGUGAUUGCCAUGAGCUUCUUGUCGGUUGCGCCACUUGAGGGAAAUGACGCGAAGCAGAAUCUGCCACCUAAUGACAAUGUCAUGCGCGUGGGUCUGAAACUCCACAUGAUGCAUUCUUCGUCGCGAGCUAAAAGGCGAUUCUCCCUUUCGGCCACACUGUCGCCGUUUGACCCUCUAGAGCCUGCUAGAGUUGUGACCAUUCUUGAGCACACCCCCCAUCGUCGGCGAAAACUGAACCAGUAUGCCCGUGGAGACAGGAUAGGGAAGGGGAAGCAUGGGGAUGUCUACCUAUGCAAAGACGAGACGAAACCAGGUGGAUAUGAGUUGGCUGUAAAAGUCAUUCCACGAAGCAAUCCACGAGACAAAAUCAAACUCCUCAGGAAAAGCGCCCGACAGGAAAGUCAGAAUGGUACCCCGCCCAUGUCCAGUACAAUGAACAACAUUCGGAAAGAACUCGCCAUCAUGAAAAUGUGUCGUCAUCCCAAUGUAGUCCGUUUGGUUGAAAUAAUAGAUGAUCCGCGGGAGGACAAAAUUUAUAUGAUCAUGGACUUCCUUUCAGGUGGUCCUGUUGAAUGGUCAGACGAAGGGAAAAGGCCCUUGCUGACAUUGCAGCAAACUCGACGGAUAAUGCGAGACACGAUAUUGGGCUUGGAGUAUCUCCAUCAUGAAGGGGUCAUCCACCGCGACAUUAAGCCUGCCAAUAUUCUUUAUACCGAAGACCGUCGUUCUGUCAAAAUCAUAGACUUUGGCGUAGCCCAUUAUACUCCACCGCCAAAAUCGAACGGCAAACAAGCCGAACGCGGAUCGUCUUUCGAGUAUCCCAUGAUCGAUCCCGCAGUGUUUCCUGAGACAGAUCUCCUGAAACGCGUCGGGACACCGUCGUUUCUGGCUCCAGAGGUAGUCUGGUUUCAAGACAACGAACCUGAAGCGUCCUCCCCAACCCACGGCAAGAAGCCCAAGAUCAAUCCACGACCUCAAAUCACGAAAGCUAUAGAUGUAUGGUCUUUGGGCGUGACGUACUACUGCUUCCUGUUCGGGCGCACCCCAUUUAAUGUUCCAUCCUCAGCAAAUGACAACGUACAUCAUAAUGAAUUCGUCCUCUAUCAACAAAUUUCGAAAGGCGAAUACACCGUGGACGACUUUAUGGGUGCUGACUACGUUCCUACUGCAGUGUCACGUUCCUCAGGCUCCAUCCCAGCCACAGACGGGACAAUGGUUGUCCAACUCUUAGAGCAAAUGCUCCAAAAGGAACCCCUGCAACGAAUAAGCUUGUCCGAGAUCAAGAGGCAUCCUUGGAUACUUCGAGAUAUCCAUGAUCCUGAUGAAUGGCUGAAGUUAACCUCCCCAGAAUACAGUUCUAAAGGCGGGGAUGUCAUAUCUCUUGGCCAGAAACUUAGGAGCCUUCUUCUCGGUACACGCUGA